GCCUUGCUUAGUAUGUGCGGAUUAGCGGAAAUCGGUCGAACAAAAGCAAAAUGACGAAUGGGAGUGUGUAGCUGUCACAUCAAAAUAUAAUCAGUAUUCGAAAGACCAUGUAGCAUCAAUAGUUUGAAACAGAAACCAGUUUGCAGCAGCUGGAUAUUUUAGAGAGCUGCAAGGACGGGGAAUGGAGCUACGCCGUCGUCAGUGGCAGACCUGGCAUGCUUGAGUCUGACCCACAGACUUGCAGGCAGAUAGUAGUUGGCAAAAUGGUGGUGGCAGCAGUCAGCUGUGAUUCUGGAAAUGAUUAUGGAAUGACAGAAGAUUCUGUGUCUGACACAUAGUGCAGCGACCCUCAGAUUAUGAAUGUUUCAUCUGCUAUGGGCGAAAUUUGUGGUGGCAAGCAGAUCGCCAGACUGGCGCUGUGAAAUUCUCGUCUGCAAUGCGGUUGGCGGUGGUGCUGGUGGUUUUGGCAGCAAGUGUCUGCUCCCCGCAGCGAACCAGUCCGACACAAAGCUGCAGUGGUCGCAAGGUACUCAACGGAGAUGAGGGAUUCAUUUCUGAUGGACCUGAAAAUUACUUAGCCAAUUCUCAUUGCGAGUGGCUUAUAGAUGCUGGCAGUCCCAACAAAACAAUUCAUCUUGAGUUUGAGAAAAUGUCAACAGAAUGCUCCUUUGACUUCCUUUUUAUCUACGAUGGGAAUUCUUACCGCAGCCCCCUCAUAGCCACCCUCAGUGGAGACAGCUUGCCUUUUCCUGUUGUUGCACGAUCAGGAUAUAUGCUGCUGUACCUGUACAGUGACAGGAAUUACAUGAAACAUGGAUUUGAUGCUCGCUACAGAGUCUUCAAUUGUCCAUGGAACUGCAGCAACCAUGGAGUCUGCCUCAACCAUACCUGUCGCUGCAGCCCUGGCUAUCAUGGCGAUGGCUGCCAGCAUCAGUUCUGCGUGGACAACUGUAGUGGACAUGGUACCUGCAUGCCACUCUCCCGCACAGAGAAGAGGUGUGUUUGUGACCAGGGUUAUAUUGGUUAUGCCUGCAACUUGUCCACAGAAGACAGCAAGGGGUCUGGAGGGUGGUACACCAUCCAACCAUCAGGAAGUGGCUUUAGAGGAAGGACUUUGCAUACGGCUGUUUUUCUGGAAGGUUCUGACUGCUUGUGGGUGUUUGGAGGGUUUGAUCUCAAUGUCGUGCUUGAUGAUCUUUCAAAGUACUGCUUUGGCAGUAACCGCUGGGAGGUUGUUUUUCCCUCUCAGCCAAGGCCUCUGCCGCGCAGUGGUCAUGCAAUGGCAGCAUAUAGGGAUGGUUUCUACGUGUAUGGAGGAGUCUUAGCCAAUGAUUCCCAUAGCGGUGAACUGUGGUAUUACAACACUUCAUCUAACCAGUGGACACUAAGGGCCACCAACAGUACCAUUACACCACAGGCUGUGACUGGCCACACCCUGACGACAGUGGAUGACUGGCUGUACCUUGUUGGUGGCAAGACAGAAGAUCGUGUGUUUGUUGAUGAUAUUUACAGAAUAGAUGCUGUGCAGGCAGGGUCCUGGGAAGUGGUUGUCAUCAAGGGAGGCAGGUAUCCACCGAAAAGGUUGGUUGGGCACACAACAAUAUAUCACAAGGAGUCAGAGUCCUUGAUAGUUUAUGGAGGCUACACACAAGGGAGUGCACUUUUCAGUGACAGAACCAGUCAGAUUCACUCCCUGAAUCUGGAGGACAACUACUGGUCAGAACUGAUCAACACUAACUGGCCAGAGACAACUACUCCGAAACAGCGGGCAUUCCAUUCAGCAGUGAGCCUGGGAAAUUACAUGGUUGUUUAUGGUGGUAACACUCAUGACCACGCAGGUCUGGAGAUCUGCUACAACCCCCGCAUGUAUUUUUAUCACCUGGGCUGCCACGUCUGGCUUAAUCACACCUUCUUCACAGGUCCCUUAUCGGCAAAAGGCAGAUUUGGUCAUGUAGCAGUACCUGCACGCGGAAACCUGAUGUUGGUUGUUGGUGGCUACUGUGGGCAGGUCCUAGAUGACCUGAUCGUAUAUAAGGUGCCACCGGCUGUUUCUCCACACCAGUCUGAUGCCCUGAAUGCUUCCGAUCAUUGCAAAGACUACACCAUUAAAACAAUGUGCCUUGAUGACCCUGAGUGUGUCUUUUGUCAGCAAAACCACACAGCUGCACAGUGUGUGCAUCGCUCUCAGUCUGAUCUUUGUAUAGACAAACAAAUCCAAGAAAAUCUUAAUCGAUGCCCGGGUAUCUGCCCUGCCUUACACACCUGUGGAGCUUGUGUGAGUCAUGGAAGAGGGGCUAGGUUAGCAUAUCAGUCACCUGGAAGCCGUGUGCACAUCCAGGAGUGUGCUUGGUGCGUGAAGGAGGCACAGUGUCAGACACGAUCUGCCCUAGGAGGAACAUGUCGUGAUCCCAAUGCCACCAGCACUGGGAUAGAAGGCUGGUGGGGUGGACUGAGUGCCAACCUCACUACGCUGCUGCAGUGCCAGCAAGAAGAUUUUCCUGCUGGUCUUCACUGGGUCAGAUACCGCAAUCCAAAGAAUCUGACCUUUCCAGAUGAGCUCACGAUACAGCGAACUACUACUGGCAUUCUGGAAUAUGUGUCCACACGCAAGAUUGAGAGUGAAUUUACCUACACAGCCAGAUUCGUGGGAUUUCUUUACCCCCUUAAUGCAUCACCACCUAAAGGAGAGAAACUCAUGUUAUACCUGGGCUUGGCUCAAGCACAAGCUCGACUCUACCUCAGUACAGAUGAUACGGAAAAUACAAUGGAAAAGGUUAUAUCUAUUGGGAAGCAGAUAAAUUUCAGCAGAUCAAGUGCUACUCGUAAACACAAUGGAACGCUUUUCCCAUCUGUUGCUCGGGGUUACAAGUAUUAUCUGGAACAGGUGACUGAACAGGUUCAGGGUGUCUCAGCAGACCCAGAGGCUCGUGCGACUCACGUGACUGUUAGCUGGAAUGGCUUUCUAGUGCCCAACACCAAUGUCAAGCAGCAUGAAAUCACCUCAGAGUUCCUACAGCCUUACAGCAACGGAGUCUGUGCUCAUCAUUACAACUGUCUGAGCUGCCUUACAGACACAUUGUGCAGCUGGUGUCAGGUGAGCUGUGUUUAUCAGUAAUGAGGAAAAGCCAUUUCAGACUUUGUUUUGUUGUUUUUUGUUUUGCUUUUGUUUUUUGUUUUUGUUUUUUUUUGCAAGGAAGUGCUGGUGUUGACAUUCACAUU